AUGAUUCCACAGUCUUCUUGUUCGAGUUUGCAUUUCCUGUUACCUGUUUAUGUGUCUCAUCCUCUGCUCUGUCCUGAGCUCGGCACGUUUCCAAGGAGUUGGGUUUUGCGUCGGAACUAUAAAGUUUUGAACUUUCGGUUUAUUUCGUGUGGAGUUCGCCGGGAUUCGAAUAACCUAAGAUUGCCGGAUUAUUCUAGUACAAGGAGAUUUCUUAUCUCUACGUCUUCCAAUGAAUUCAAAGUCGAGGAAGCUUCGAAAGAGAACAGUUUUAGUAAUAUUAGGGAAGAUCCGAUAGUGGAUAAGCUUAGGACACAAUUGGGUGUAAUCCAUCCAAUCCCGUCACCACCUGUUACCCGUAGUGUGAUUAGUCUAUUCGUUUUCUUUUUCUUCGUUGGUGUUGCUUUUGAUAAAAUAUGGACGUGGAGAAAGAGGCAGAGAGAAACGGGUGGAGAUGGAAGCCAACGAGGAGCAGGACAAUGGCCACAGGUUCCCACCAGCUUCUCCUUGUUCCUAGAGAAAGAUUUGCAAAGAAAAGAGUCCGUGGAGUGGGUGAAUAUGGUUUUGGGGAAGCUCUGGGAAGUGUAUAGAGCUGGGAUUGAGAAUUGGCUUGUUGGUUUGUUGCAGCCUGUGAUUGAUGACUUGAAGAAGAAGCCUGAUUAUGUCCAGAGAGUUGAGAUUAAGCAGUUUUCUUUAGGGGAUGAGCCUUUGUCUGUCAGAAAUGUUGAGAGGAGAACAUCUCGCCGUGCCAAUGACUUGCAGUACGUGUGUACUUGA